CUACCACAUGCGUACAGAAAUACGCACAUACAUAUGCCGAUGUUCUCUUGAACAGGAUGACAUGCUGGAGCCUGCAGACCGCAGUCAUCACUGACUUCACUCAGCACAGCCUCAGAUCAUGCAACGACCAAGAUGUAGGCCACACCCACUUAACAUUCGUCUCCUCUACCGGCUUCGAGAGGAAGGCAGUCAGUACUGGGGUUCUGUGUCUAUCUCGUCAUCUUCCACUUUUCUCUCCAUCCAUUUGGCCUUCAGAUAGACUCCUACAAGGAUGGCGGAGCUGGAGGGCUUGGAGUUCGGAAAGUCAGACUUUGUGCUUCUAGACGAGGUGACCAUGGAGCAGUUUAUGGAUAACUUGAAGUUAAGGUUUGAGAAAGGCCGUAUUUACACUUUCAUUGGAGAGGUAGUGGUGUCAGUCAAUCCGUACAAACAUUUGGAUAUCUAUGGGAAGGAGGUCAUUGAGGACUACAGGGAAGAGAUGUAUGAGAAUCCACCUCACCUGUAUGCUGUCGCAGAUGCCGCUUAUAAAGCCAUGAAGAGACGAGCCAAAGACACAUGCAUCGUCAUUUCAGGUGAGAGCGGAGCAGGCAAGACUGAGGCAAGCAAGUACAUUAUGCAGUACAUUGCAGCAAUCACCAACCCAAGCCAGAGGGCAGAGGUCGAGAGUGUGAAGAACGUGCUCCUGAAAUCCAACUGUGUGUUAGAGGCCUUUGGAAAUGCUAAGACCAACCGCAAUGAUAACUCCAGCCGCUUCGGUAAAUACAUGGAUAUCAACUUCAACUUCAACGGAGACCCCACAGGAGGACACAUCAACAACUACCUGCUGGAGAAGUCUAGAGUUGUCCAACAGCAGGAGGGAGAGAGAAAUUUCCACUCAUUUUAUCAGGUGUUACGUGGAGGAUCUGAUGAAUUGCUGAAGUCUUUGUAUCUGCAGAGAGAUCCUGCAGAAUAUGCCUACACUGAUCAAGGAGCCUCCGUCACACUUGCAUCCAAUAAUGACUCCUUAUGUCACAAAGCUGUGAUGGCAGCACUGAAAGUGAUUGGCUUCACUGCCGAAGAGAUCAGCUCCAUCUACAAGAUCCUCAGUACCAUCCUACACCUGGGUAACCUUCAGUUUUCUAGUGAUGGUGAACAUGUCGUGGUUGUCGGUGAAGAAACAGUGGAGCACAUUUCUGAGCUGACGUCCACAGAGUCUGAGAAUACCAGAAAAACACUGCUGUACCGUACAGUGGCUACUGGGGGUGGGGAGGUCAUUGAAAAGGGACACAGCGAGCAGGAAGCUAGCAAUGGAAGAGACGCUUUUGCCAAGGCUUUAUAUGAGAGAUUAUUUGCGUGGAUAGUGGGUCGUAUCAAUAGCGUGAUUGAAGUGAAGGACUACAAUCCUGCUCUGCAUGGCAAAAACACUGUUAUAGGUGUGCUGGACAUCUAUGGCUUUGAGAUCUUUGAUAACAACAGCUUUGAGCAGUUUUGCAUCAACUACUGCAACGAGAAGCUACAGCAGCUCUUCAUUGAGCUUAUUCUACGGCAGGAGCAGGAUGAGUACCAGAGAGAGGGUAUCACAUGGCAACAUAUUGAAUACUUUAAUAAUCAGAUCAUAGUGGAUUUAGUGGAGCAGCCUCAUAAGGGCAUCAUCUCCAUCCUGGAUGAAGCCUGUCUCAUUGCAGGGAAAGUCACAGAUACUGUCUGCCUGGACAGCAUGAACAAAAAGCUGGGCCAGCACCCUCACUACACCUCCCGGAAACUCUGUCCCGCCGACAAGACCAUGGAGUUCAAUCGAGAUUUCCGUAUCCGACACUACGCGGGAGACGUUACGUACUCAGUUGAGGGCUUUCUUGAUAAGAACAAGGACCCGCUUUUCCAGGACUUCAAGCGACUGAUGUACAACAGUUCUGACCCCAUCCUCAAAGAAAUGUGGCCUGAUGGGAAAAUGAGUAUUACAGAGGUGACCAAACGGCCUCUAACUGCAGCUACACUCUUCAAAAACUCUAUUAUUGCUCUAGUGGACAAACUGGCCUGUAAGGAGCCAUACUAUGUGCGGUGUAUAAAGCCAAAUGAGGUGAAGUCCCCCCUGCUGUUUGAUGAUGGUCGCUGCCAGCACCAAGUGGCGUACCUGGGUCUGCUGGAGAAUGUGCGUGUGCGUCGAGCUGGAUUCGCCUACAGACAGCCUUAUGCACGCUUUCUCCAGAGGUACAAGAUGACCUGUGAAUACACCUGGCCUAAUCACCUGAUGAGCUCUGACCAGGAGGCUGUGGAGGCCAUCGUGAACCAGCACGGCUUUGAGGACGAUGUAGCGUACGGCCAAACCAAACUCUUCGUGAGAACACCUCGCACACUCUUUACACUGGAGCAAGAGAGAGCCGCACUCAUCCCCAUACUAGUGCUCUUCUUACAGAAGGUUUGGAGAGGUGCAUUAGCACGUAUGCGAUGUAGGAAAAUAAGGGCUAUAUAUACCAUAAUGGCAUAUUAUAAAUGCUAUAAGGUGAAGGCUCACUUCUGGGAAGUGGAGAGACGGUUUGCCAACGUUCGAAACAUGGCUGACUAUGGGAAGAGUGUGGAGUGGCCGACACCUCCUGCGGCCCUGGUGCAGUUCCACAGAAUCACACAACACCUCUACCGCCGAUGGUGGGCCCGGCAGCUGAUUAAAAACAUCCCCCCAUCUGACAUGGCGGAGGUGAGGGCAAAAGUAGCUGCUCUGUCAGCUCUGAGCGGGGAGAGAGUGGACUGGGGCUACAGCCGUGCCUGGGAGAGAGACUACUUGGCCAAUGCAAAAGACUCUCCUUUGACGAGCACCAACUUUGUGCGCAUCACUAAAGAGCUGAAGAACAAAGACCAGUACAGCCAGGUCCUCUUUUCAUGCUCUGUCAGGAUGCUCAACUGGUUCAACAACACAAAGGACAGAGCUCUACUCAUCACAGACAAGCAUAUCUACAGGCUGGAGCCCAAAAAACACUUUAAAGUGCAAAAACGAAUAUCACUUGAUUCAGUGGUUGGUGUGAGCGUAACAAGUGGCAGUGACCAGAUGGUGGCGCUACAUACUGCCGCUCAGGAAGACUUUCUAGUGCACCUACAGAGGGGUCAACUCAACCCAAAUCAGGACCGUGUAGGGGAGUUGGUGGGCAGCCUCACAGACCACUUUACACGAGUGAAGAACACUCCACUGCCGGUCAAAGUGUUCUCUACAGCGUUCCAGGUGCACAUGAGCGGAAAACCUAAGAGUAUCACCAUCGAGACCAAACCCGGCCAGACCGUCGCAGACUUCAAGAAGAGUCGAACAGGAUUCACCUUACUGCUGCCCCAUCAGUAAAGCCAAUGCUUACGGCAUAAAACUGUAUUUAGCCAUUCAGUCAGAGAUGGGACCAUAACUUCCAGAGAUUUCUUUUCACAUAGGAUUGGAUAUGUCUGUACAUAAGUGGAACAAAAUUUCUUAAGCAAUGCACUUUGUUGUUAUUUAACAGUGUGUUGAAUUGAUGAUGUAUUUUUGUAGGCCAAACCAGAAGUUAGUAUAACACUGGUUCCCUCAACAAAAACCCAAUAGGAUUUUUCCAAUGGCUUUUAGAUUAUUGCUGAAAAUAAGCACUGUGACUAACAGAAGUUCAUGAUUCUUACACGCUUUGUUCAUCUUCACAAUUAAACACAGCUUUGAAUUUUGAAGCCUAAAUACAAUCGCUAGAAGUAGAAAAAUAGGCUAUAAAUGAAUUCAAAGUCGCCCACUACUCUUUCAGUAUUUAUUUAAAAACAUUUUCCCCUAAAGUUUGAGUUAGAAUAGUUUGUAAGAGUGCAAUAAUAAACACAAUGAGGCUGUGAAAGCGACCAAUGAGAAGAUGAGUUUAUCUGUUCGGUGGGAUGAUGUUUAAUGUCCCGACAACCUCUGUAGUCCCAUUUAGACACGUGUUAGCAACUGCCUUUUUCAAGACAAGUAAAAGCUUUACUGAUGUAUUUUAUGUUGUGGAAUAAAACAUGAAAAUAUCUUGAGCUUGUGUUCACCACAGACCUUAUUUCAGGCAUUUAACAAAAAACCCAUUGACUUCAGGACGAUGGAACUGGAAGAGCUAAAAUACAAGUAAUUUAAAGGUUUUGGCCUACAAAAAAGUCAUCUCUGCAGCACUCUGUAGUCCUCUGUCUUAAACAGAAGAAGCGUCUGAACCAGUUCGUGUUAGCAUGUAGAUCCUGUGCUUGAAAAGAAGAUACACAGCAUAAAUGAAUGUGCUGAUCCGCUGUUAUUCUGCUGUGCCUCCUCUAGUUUUAAUUUUGUGCAUGAGACGGCCGAUGUGUUGUGUCAUGUCUUUUGAAUUGUGGGGGAUCAUGUAAUAAUGCUAUUUUAUUAUUUAUGAGGGAAUGUUCUAUUGAUAUGGCCUUUGCACUUUUCAUAACAUACGUAGAGUCUAUUUUUAUGUUCUUUAUGAUGUAUUUUUUCUCAGGGUGUACAUUUGAACUGUGGAGAUGUAACCAAGCGUAUUUUCAUGUGUUUGUGCUAUCACAGGGCCGGUACUUUUUUAUACUAAUGUGUACUUUUACAUAUGUACUAAUAUGCUAGUAUGUACCUUUUAGGAGGUACAAAAAUGUAGCUUUUAGCUUUUGUACCUUUUUUGUACCAUCCAAGUGACAACUUUGUACCUUUUUUUCUGAGAGUACAGAAGUAUUUAACCAAGAUUUACAACACCUUGGGUUACACCUAAGAAUAUUGAUACUGCUCUGUAGUAGUAAUAUGAAAACAGAGGAGUGAUUUCAGUGCUUAUUAAUAUCUGUCAAAUGUUGUAUUUAAAAAUAGCAACUAAACUGUAAUCAAAUCAUAUGAGGGCCACGUGACAUUGUUUUAUUAAAUGCUACAUGCA